UGCAGCCUGUGGACCCACGUGUUUCCCCAUGCCUGCCCGGAGAUUGAUCAGAGCAACCCGUCUGCUUUGCAAUUGCUGUAAACAGAUCGAGUCAAAAUAUGAAGUCUAAACAGGAAUUGCAGAACGUGUCCUCAUCGAGCAGCGAAGGUGGUUCGGACUCGGAGCUGGAAGAAAAUCACAAAUCUGCAUCAGAUGCAGAGGUCGAGGGCGACCCCCAAGCGCAACCACAAACGCGGACCAAGUUUGAGUGCCCGGUGGAUUUCGCCUGUUGUGCCUACAACGCCUCAGGGAGCCUGUCUUCAGAGAAGCUGAGCGGAAGCAACACAGAGCUGUGGUUGAUCAAAGCCCCAGCUAGCUUUCAACCAGAGAGCUUCUCUGGUAAGAAGGUCCCUCUGCUCGGACGUGAGACUUUGGAAGCUGGGGCCGCAGGGACCAGAAAGCUCUACAGUGUGUUCAGUUGCCAGAAGGAGCUGGGGAACAUUCACUUACUAGUACAGGGCAAGGGCUCAGUGCUGUGUGGGCCACCUAUCAGGGGUUUCAUGAACCUGGGCGAGAGAUUCGGAGACUGCAAUGGCACUGAGGGACCCAAAGCCAUCCCAUCGAGCCCCGCUCCACAAAUACCGGCGGGACUCAAGCAGAGGUUCACCCCGUUUGGGAGCAGCACCCCCCCGAGUGCAGGGAGAAAGAGGAGUAGUGAAGGAGAGGCACUGUCUGCAUCUCUGGCUAAGAGGGUGAAACUGGACCUCAGCCAGGGGGAGCAGAGCGCGAGGAGGAAGAAGAAGAAGAAGGAGAAGAAAGAUGAAGAGAGUGACGCGAGUCAAGUUUUAGAGUUUGAGAUGUCGGGAAGCAGCGGAGAGGUGACUGAAAGGAGAAAGAAGAAGAAGAAGAAAGAUAGGGAAAGGAGAAAGGAGGAGGAGGAGGAGGAGGAGAUAACAGGACUUGAGAUGGAAGUUAAAGAGCCAUCUGAGAUUAAACAAGAAGUGUUUGAGCCGGAGUUUGGAGAGGAGGCUGACUCGGGGAGGAAGAAGAAGAAGAAAAAGAAAGAUCGAGAACGGAGAGAAGAGGAGGAGGAGAAGAGAACAGGAUUUGAGAUGGAAAUUAAAGACGAGCCAUCUGAGAUUAAACAGGAAGUGUUUGAGCCGGAGUUUGGAGAGGAGGUGGACUCAGGGAGGAAGAAGAAGAAAAAGAAAGAUCGAGAACGGAGAGAAGAGGAGGAGGAGGAGGAGGAGAGAACAGGACUUGAGAUGGAAAUUAAAGAAGAGCCAGCUGAGAUUAAACAAGAAGUGUUUGAGCCGGAGUUUGGAGAGGAGGUGGACUCAGGGAGGAAGAAGAAGAAAAAGAAGAAAGAUCGAGAAAGGAGAGAAGAGGAGGAUGAGGAGAGAACAGGAUUUGAGAUGAAAAUUAAAGAAGAGCCAGCUGAGAUUAAACAAGAAGUGUUUGAGCCGGAGUUUGAAGAGCAGACGGACUCGGAGAGGAAGAAGAAGAAGAAGAAAAAGGAUAAACACAGAUCUGACCGUUAGAUUGUAUGUGUGUGCUGUCCAGAGUUGGGAUCAACUCAUUCUUUUUCAAUUCCAGUGUCUAAUUCCCUUUUUUUUUUUCAUCAAUUCCAACACACCAUCGAUUGAAAUUGCAAUCAGCAAUAUUCUGUUAAAAUGAGCUUCUCGGCACAGUGGCCGCACAUGACAGUACUUAAAUUGAAGUCACUGUUUCUUGGUGAGUUGAAUUGGUUUCCAUGUGAAAGCAGUUGAACAGACAAUUUAUUUUGCCUCUACAAUGACUUGCAAUUGCUUCAAAGGAAUUGACUUGAUUUUUAAUUUUGGAUUUGAAAAACAGUAUUUGACCCCCAACCCAGAUGGUGUGUUUUUAAAUGCAUGUAAAUUUAUAUGUAAAAUUUCAAAGCUGUUUCUAUGCACACACAGACAAAUUGACAAUGCAAUAGAAACCUGACAAAAGAUUUAUUGGGGGAAAAAAAAGGCUUGUCUAAAUGUGGGUUUCUUUUUAGUAAGACCGGAAAACAUCGAUCCAUUAAUUUGAGGACAGACUGCUUUGUCAUUAUUUUUUUUUUUUUUUUUUGUAACUGGAAAAUUGGAGCAAAGUUUUCAACCUGUUAUUGCAUUUCAUUGAUCUGCUUUAAGAUAACUUUCUCUGCAUAAUCCUUAAACAGAAUGAGAGAAUUCAAACUGAUAACCCUGCAAUGCCCAACACAAAUGCUCCAGUGCCUUCUGUAUCGUGUUAGGGUUUCAAGUCAGGCUCAACAGUAGUUCUGUAUUGCUUUGGCUUGUGUUCCUGUUAUGAAGUUACACCUGCAUAUAUUGACUCCUGGGCCAUAAAGGUUAUGUCAAACACAUGUGUAAUGUGUUUGUUAUUUUUGCUUCAUCAAAGGCGAUUUGCAGGGUUACAAUGCAAGAUUAAGUACAGUGUAGUUCACAGUAAGUGCACAUACUGCUAGAAUACAAUAUGAAGGAGGAUGCACCAAAUCAGGAUUACAGCAAGUUAACUGUACAAGGACAUGCAAGGAUAGUGCAUCAGCUGAGGUCAGGUGAGUCCAGAGCAGCCUAUACAAGGUUUUAGCGGGUUUUUUUUUUUUUUUAAUUUUUAUGAAUCAUAAAGCUCAUGUAUGCUUAAUCCAGUCAAUUAUUAUUAAUUUCACAAUUCCUGGCAACUAAGUGGAACAUGCAUUUACUUGAUUGAAACCUGCCGAAUAAUGUUACGUUUAAAUAUUGAAUUACGUUAGUUUUCCGUGUACCAAACAAAAAUUCAAAAAUGUGACAUUUCGAAAUCUAACAUGAAAUACUGUACAGCUGUUAUGGUUUUGCGA